AUGAGGAGCUUUUUACAGCGCCCCCAGUUUUGUCAACCGACAAAUCUUUGGCGCGUUUCCUCCUCCUCUGUGCGCAAGAUGGGAUCAACUACCACAGGCGUGCUGUAUGCCUUGAGUGUCGCCAGCGCGCCGGCCAGACCUGCUCCAGAAGAUGCUUCGGCGAAAAGUCACCAUGCGAAAUCGGGAUUCAGAAACCCUUGGGACUCAUGGAAAGACAUUAACUUGAAAAUCCCAGCCGAAAUUCUCAUGCGCCGCUUGACAGGCAAGGCGAACGUCCCCAAUACGACCGCGCCGACUGUCCCCGUCCGCAAACCAGAAUUCCUUCCGAGUCGAGAGACUCCCAAUCUUCGGGCAACAUGGCUCGGCCACGCCUGCUACUAUGUCGAAUUCCCUGGUGGUCUACGGGCGCUCUUUGAUCCUGUUCUGGAAGAGCGUUGCGGACCGUACAACAUGCUGGGUCCAAAGCGAUUCACCGACGCACCAUGCAAGAUCAAGGACAUUCCCAUGAUUGACGCGGUCUUCAUUUCUCACAACCACUAUGACCACCUUUCAUAUCCCGGAGUUACUGAGAUCGCAAAGCGACACCCAAACUGCCACUUCUUUGUUCCAUUGGGCGUGAAGGCCUGGUUCAAGAGGUGUGGCAUUAGUCAGGUCACCGAGCUGGACUGGUGGGAUGAGCGCGAUAUUACUUUGUCACCCACAGAGGAAAAGGAGGCCGCGGUUGAAGCUGUGGGAGAUGCUGCUUCUACGGCAGUGGGGAUCAAGGCACGGAUUGGAUUCCUGCCCAGCCAGCAUGUUACCGCUCGUACUCCAUUUGAUCGGCAUCAGACACUCUGGGGCUCUUGGACAAUCGAGUCAGGGGGCAAGCACCUUUACUUCACAGGCGAUACCGGAUACCGCUCUAUCCCUGAAUUGCCUGAGGGGGAAGAUGAAAAUGAUCCCAAGUACAAUUUCCCCGUUUGCCCUGCUUUCAAGCAGAUUGGCGAGUUCCGCGGGCCAUUUGACCUGGGGUUGAUCCCCAUUGGUGCAUAUGCUCCGCGUCAUAUGUUCAGCUCGAUGCACAUCGAUCCCCAUGAGGCAGUGCAUAUUUUCCAAGAAACCAAGUGCAAGACGGCGCUGGGUAUGCACUGGGGUACGUGGGUACUCACCGAGGAAGACGUGCUCGAACCACCCGAGAAACUCAAGACCGCACUCAAGCAAUUUGGUCUGCCUGAGAAGGGCGUAUUCGACGUCCUUGAUAUCGGAGAGAGCAGAGAAUUUUGA